AUGACGUGGAUGUCUGAUCUUCCUGCUAUUGAAUUGACCAGGCCAAUCAUUAGUGAACUUACAGGGACCCUCUCGAUAUCAUGUUGGAUUAUUGUUUUUAUUCCACAGAUAUAUGAAAUUUACAAGACGAAAUCUACUAGAGGACUUUCUUUACAUUUUUUGGUGCUAUGGCUUAUUGGUGAUAUAUUUAAUUUGUUAGGAUCACUGAUACAGGGAUUAUUAUUCACUGUGAUUUUAUUAGCUGCAUAUUAUACUUUAGCAGAUUUAGUAUUAAUUAUGCAAUACCUUUGUUAUCAACAAAGGGAAGAACAAUCAAAUAAUAUAGGUAUAAGAAAUCUCUCUAGUAACGAAGAUUUUGCUGAUAUGGAACCUAUCUUAUUAUCACCAACAACAUCGCAUAUUGAUGAAUUAGAACCAUUACUUUCCGAUUUUGAUCCUCAUAGGAAAAAUAAUAAAAAUAAUUUAAUCUAUAAUACAUCUGCAGUUAUUACUGUCCUUGGUGCAGGUUUCUUGUCAUGGUAUAUUUCAUUUAUAAGAGAAUCUCGUAAUGGAAUUGAAAAGGAACCAAUUUCACAACCACCACACUUAACCGUUAAUAUAUGGGGGCAAAUAUUUGGAUAUAUUAGUGCAAUAUUAUAUUUAAGUUCACGUAUUCCACAAAUUCAUUUAAAUUAUAAAAGAAAAUCAUGUGUUGGUAUAUCAUUACUAUUUUUCCUUUUCGCUUGUUUAGGAAAUAUACUUUUCAUUAUAUCUUUAUUAGUAAUAUCAACAGAUUAUCAAUACUUAUUAAUAAAUUUGUCCUGGUUGUUAGGAAGUUCAGGUACGUUAUUAAUGGAUUUAACUAUCUUUAUACAAUUUUUCAUAUAUGAUGACCAUGAUAGUCAUCUCAAGAAACCAAAUUCUGGGUAUUCUAGUACAUCGAUUAACACGAAAUUAAAAACACCUUCUCAAGUAUAUGAUGAUAUUGACGAUCUAGACGAUUCAGUUGUAUGA